UUCUGUAAGGUCUAGUGUAAGAUGGUUGGUUUUUCGCAAGCGUACGCAAGUUUUCUUACUGAAUGGAAGACAUAUGCAGCAAUCGCUUUUCUAUUAUUGACUGUGCCCCCAUGCAUAUUGAUAUUCUUCGGAUUCAGAAAGAAUUUCAAAAUUGCGAUGGUCUUGAUAGGAAUCAUAAUUGUAUUAUGGUCCGCAAGUACCUGUUUUAUGUAUUGCAAAACGGCUGAUUUUAACUGUUACUUUUUAUUGGGCUUCGUUAUUCUGGAAGAUGUGUUAACAGUUAUCGCCUGCAUCUAUGCCAAAAGAUUCAAACUAGUGGUGAUGAUAGUUCUGAUAUCUUUAUCGGUGGCUUUUCUGAUAACUGGAACAGUUUUGUUUUAUUUAGAUGAGAAAUAUUCUGAAUUGGCUGGUGGCUUUUUCAACACCACCGUAGCUGUGUUGAUUCUAGUGUUUGUCAGCUUGCUUAAAUAACGCGAAUAUCACAUGGCUGUGACAAUCUUAUCGUGUUAAACAACAUUCACUGUAAUCUCCGUCUUGUGCUAACGUACACAUUUUAUUGUGCGUGUAACUGCCUAACUGACUGACAGUUCACAUUUUCAAUUAUAUAAUAAACUAAUGGUUCUGCUCUAAAAAUGUGUGCAACAAUUUCUGCUGAUUGGUGUUUUUCUUCCGUUUGUCUAUUCACUCACCAAAAGGAAUGUGAGCACGAAUUGACGCCUCAAAUGUGUUCAGAAGGUGAAACUGCCGAUUGAAUAUGUGACUUAACCAGAGAUGAACUGAUGUCGAAUACGAGUAGAAAUCGAAUGAAGCUGUAAAAUUAUUUAAUUCUCAAACAUAAUCAUCACACAUGGAAAUACUAAACGAAACUUGGUAGCAUGAAUAGGUGCUACUAAGAUACACUGAAGGAAACAAUUUAUUGAUCGUCUACUAUUUGCUAUGUCAGGUUGUACAGUUGUGUGGUCUUCACGAAGAACCAUCACCUCAUGUCGCAUGGUCUCCUGUUGUCAGCAUAAUUGUCCGUCUUACCUCCAUCGAAUAAUCUUGCAUCGUCUCCUAUCUUUUCUUGUAGGCUGUAAUGAUAUUAAGUCAUUUAAUUUGCUAGCUCAGAAAAACAAUGAAAUUGUUCACUUAGUUCAAUGAGUACUUG